AAACCCUAACGGGCUGUUUGACAUCGGAUUGGAUUUAACCGGCGAAUACACCGCGAAUUAGCCUGUGCGUUUCAGGCCGUGCGAAUCUAUUAAGCGUGAGCUUCGUGUUAAUCACCGGGAAGUGGAAGCCGAGUUUCGCCGCUGUGAGAUAGGUUUGGUCUGUGACAUGAGCUUCCUUCUGAAGACUUUGACGACGAAGCGGGAAGUGGACACGGCGAUCAGAGACACCCUCGACAAGGUACUCGUCCUCCGCUUUGGCCGCGCCUCGGUGCCCGUUUGUCUCCAGCUCGAAGACAUAGUUCUUUAAAGCAAUAUUGAUAUGCUAAACUCGCCAGCAGAGCUUGUACAGAAGAAACAUAAGCUCUAGCGGCUUGUGCAAUCGCCCGCCCUACUCCAUGGAUGUCAAAUGCCAAGGCUGCUUCAAAAUAACUACUGUUUUCAGCCAACCUCAGACUGCUGUUGUUUGUGGGAAUUGCCAGACUGUGCUGUGCCAGCCAACUGGAGCUGGACAAAUGGAGCACCAUAUGUUUCCCAAUUAUACUUCUCAUCCACAUCAAUUUCCAUCUCCAAAUCCAACCUUAUACGACACCCCGUCUCCAAAUCCCAGUUUACAUAACACCCCGUUGCCUCGGUUCCAGAGCGACUCAUGGAGAAGUCCAGCUCAAUAUUCCAGCCCUAGACCAGGAAACGCAAGAAAUCAGAAUUUCUCCAGGCCUUGGAAUAUUUCCGGAAAUUCUUCAGGACACAGCUAUUACUCCAUUUCAUCAAAAAGUAGUCCAUCAAGCUCCAGGCAUGCAGAAAGUCCAAUGAAUAACGCCCAUUCAGCUAUAAGGGGCAGUCCCCAUUCUCACUCAAGUGGCAGAGGCUGGCAGUACAGGGGUGGUAGCCCUAGUCCAGGCUGGAGUGGUGGAAGAGGUAGAGGAGGAUAUCAUCGUAUUAAGGGUUACGGUUUAGGACGGCAACAGCUCGAUAGUUUCUAUGUUAAGUCGAUGGUGAAAGACCCCUGGCGGAAGCUGAAACCUGUUAUUGGCAAUAUUCUUGUGCCGCUGUCAGGACCACAGUCCUGGCUUCCAAAAUCAAUAUCAGCUAAGAAAGUCAAAGUUGAUGAGACUGUUGGUGAUAUCAAACCUAAGCAGAACCUCGCAGAAUUCCUUGCAUUGGCUUUUGAAGAAGCAAUUAAUGAUGAGCAGGAAGAAGAAGGAUUGAUAAUGCCGAAUCCAAAUGAUCAUACUGAUCGUGUGGAGUAAUGAGCAUAUUUGAGAUGCAGUGGACCCACUUACUUGUUCUCCAUCAAUGCAGACUGGAAAACCUUCCUACCUGCUCUUUAGGUAAGUGAUAGUAUCUAUUUGAUAAGCUUUGCAUGCAUUGAUGCAAUCUUUGUCUUAAUUUGCUCUUGUUUUAAUUUUGUGUUUUAGGGGCCUUUCUGUGAAAUUGGAUUGUAGGGUACAUUGAAAGUGACUGUAGCAUUGUUGCUUUGAAACAGCCAGUUUUUACCUUUUUGGAAGGACUUAUUUGAUAAAUUUAAAAUAAAAUCAAAUAACGUAAUUACAAAUA